AAAAAUAACAGAAACAAAGAGAGGGAAAGGAAGAACUGAAAGGAACCUCUAUAGCUAUCGAAUUCGCGCGAUGCGAUUGCGGUGGCGUUGGCGGCGUUCAGUAUUGUUGAGGUCCCCAUCGACGACGGCAACACCGUCCAAUGCUGUGGUGGCUUCACUGUGUUGUCGCCGUCGGCGCUGAUGGCUCUGCAGAUGACCUGGCAACCUAAUCUUCUCCCUCACAAACGCAAAAACGCUCCUCCUAUAGGUCUUCGUAACCUUGGCAACUCCUGUUACCUCAAUAGCGUUCUUCAGUGUCUCACUUUUACUCCUCCUCUCGCCAAUUUCUGUCUCCAUUCUCAACAUUCGUCUCUCUGCGACUCUUCUGGUUCUUCGUGUCCGUUCUGCAUACUCGAGAAACAAAUUGCUCGGUUGCUCCGUGUGGAUCUCACUUCCGACGCUCCUUCAAAGAUCCAAAGCUGUCUACGUCUCUUUGCUGAGCACUUCCGUUGUGGCCGUCAAGAGGACGCGCACGAGUUUCUUCGUUAUGUUAUUGAUGCUUGUCAUAACUCGUGUCUUCGUUUGAAGAAGCUUAGAAAGAAAGGAGGCGGUGGCGGUGACGGUGGUGCUUCCGCUGUGAAGGAGAUUUUCGGUGGUGCUUUGCAGAGUCAGGUUAAGUGUCUCAGUUGUGGAUACGAAUCAAAUAAAGUUGAUGAGAUAAUGGAUAUUAGUCUCGAUGUUUUUCAUAGUAAUUCCCUUAGGGAUUCUAUGCAGAAAUUUUUUCAGCCCGAGGUUUUAGAUGGAAACAAUAAGUACAAAUGUGAUGGUUGUAAGAAGUUGGUGACGGCUAAGAAGCAGAUGUCUAUACUUCAAGCACCUAAUGUACUUGUGAUACAGCUCAAGAGAUUUGAGGGCAUAUUGGGUGGCAAGAUUGAUAAGACUGUUGGAUUUGAAGAGGUUUUGGUGCUUUCUAGCUUCAUGUCCAAAGCAAGCCAGGACCCACAACCAGAAUAUAAGCUCUUUGGUACUAUUGUGCAUUCAGGAUACUCACCGGAGUCUGGUCACUACUACGCUUAUGUAAAGGAUGCAAUGGGUCGGUGGUAUUGCUGUGAUGAUUCUUGUGUAACACUUGCAACCCUGCAAGAAGUUUUGUCUGAAAAGGUUUAUAUCCUCUUUUUCUCUCGAACUAACCAAAAGUCAGCAUCAGUUAGUAGUUCUCUUGCAUCUAAUGGUGUAAAGCCCUAUCAUUCCAAUGGGAGUCAGACAUCUGAAUCUUCUAAGGUUGAUGUACAACUCAAAACAGUGCAAGCAAAAUCAAAUUCUGAUCAAUCUUCUUGGAAAGAUAUGCCGAGUGCAUCUAAGAUUGUUAAAGUUCCUUCUGGCUUACGAGUGAAAUUUGACAUUAAUGGUAGUUCAAUUUCCAAAAGAAGUCCUGCUCAUGCAAGUGUCAAUGGGAAAGUUGACAUGUUUAGUAGUCAGCCAUUACUAACAAAUGGGCAUGCAAAAGAUUUAGUUUCUUUGGAAAAUGGUAGGAAAGAUCCUUCUUCAUCAUUACCCACCAUGAAUGGCUUUGACAAAAAUAAAAUUGAUGCUGCUAACAACUCGGUAAGAAAGGAGUCCACAGUAACAAAUGGAUACGCUGGUAUUCAGACGGUUGAUACCGAUUGUGUAAAACCAGAUCCUCCGGAAGAUAUUGAUAGAAUCAAAGUAAUAUCAGGUACAGGGCCCGUCAACUUUAAGCGAGAAAGUAACGGUGUCAUCAACAAAUCUAAAAUGUUAGGGAAUAAGAGAAAAGUACAGGAGGCUCCAUGCAUUUUGCUUGCACACGAUGACCAGUCUCGUGCUAGAGUUGAAGAACUGAAAGACAUUCUUGGAAAAGAAGUAAAGUCAGGUUUGAGGUCAUGUGGCUGGGUAGAUAAGGUUGAAGAGUAUAUGAGUAUGAGAAAAAGGUUACACGAAAGAGAAGCGGAGAAUUUAACGAGUGAUGAUAAAAGGAAGUUAAUACGAGAUGCCCAGAGUGCUUUCAUAUCACAGGUUCCCAUGUCACUUAAACAGGACCUAAUUGCACGUAUCCAAUCAUUUAGCCAAGAAAAAGUACAUUUUGAAGGACCUUGAUCAAAACACGUUUGUGAUUUCCCCCAAAAUGUUGCAGCAUGUUGAUCUGUCUUGCUAGUGAGACCUGGUGUGUAUACUGUAUUACUAAUUAUCAUAGGAAUGAUGUUACCCAUAUUGGGAUGCUCAGUUUGGGUUUGUCACAUACUGACUUUGAGAUAGUGUUGGCGAUUGUGGCAAGAUGGAGACUAUCAUUCAAGUCUUACUCGCAGUGGCUUUGUAAUGAAUUUCUUAGGUGAUCCAUGCAUAUUUAUUAAUGUAGAAGUUCAGAUAUCAUGUCUUGCCAUAUGUUCUCUUUCUCCCCUGAGGCUACGAAGUUUUAUUGAAUUUUUGAGGAGAGUUUGCGGAAUUCUAUUCAUUGUGUACAAUCUGUUUUAGUCUUGUAUUGGAGCAAAAUCAUAUUUUUCUAUAAUGUUGCUCAACAAAUUUUGCACCUUAGAUGAGGCUGUAUAUGACUUGUGGAUAUAUUCUACCGACUUUAUGAUUGUACUUUUGUUAUAAAUUGAAAAAAUGUGUGGACGAUGUUAAAGAUA